AUGCUGGGUGCCUGCUUCUUCCUUGCUGCUGGUCUGUUUGCCUCCAACAGGUUAAAAAGCAUUCCAGCUGCCAUGGCCUCUGCUGUGCCUGACAAGGAGGAGGUGGCCCAGAGCCCCCCGGAGGAGGAGGAGGAGCAGGAGGCUGUGGUGAAGGAGGUGGCCAAUCUGAGCCUGGUGGGCUCUGCCUGUGAUGUGGUUUCUGCAGUUUAUGCCUCCAGCAAGGAGAGCCACCCCUUUGUGAGGUCUGUGUGUGAUGCUGCAGAGAAGGGAGUGCAGAGCGUGAGCGAGGCCACGGCCAGCUGCGUGCAGCCAGUGCUGGCCACCCUGGAGCCCCACGUUGCUGCAGUGAGUGAGUAUGCUUCCAAGGGUUUGGAUAAACUGGGGGAGAAGCUGCCACUCCUUCAAAAGCCAGUGGAGCAGAUCCUCUCUGGCACAAAGGAGCUGGUGUCAUCCAGAGUGGCUGAGGUGAAGGAGGCUGUGAGCAGCAAAGUGCUGCAGGCCCUGGAUGUCAGCAGGGAUGCUCUGCAGAGCAGUGAGGGGGCUGCAGGACCCGCUGGGACCGGCGCUGCUGGGCUGGUUCUGGAGCCUGGAGCGGGUGUGUGUGGAGCAGAGGCUGUGCUGGGGACAGCACCAGGUGACUCCCUCCCUAUUGGAAAUGAGGAGCUAGCCCAGCUGGCAGUGUGUGAGGAGGGCACAGAGGCGCUGCCCCUGGAGCAGCAGCGGGAGCAGAGGAGGUACUUUGUGCGCCUGGGCUCUCUCUCGGAGGAACUUCAGCUCUUUGCCCACCUGCACUCCACAGCCAGGAUCCAGCAGGUCUGGCAGGGCAUGCAGGGGGCCCUGGCACAGCUCAGCUGCAUCCUCGAGCUGAUUGAGGCGUUUAAGCAAGGAUUUAAUCAAAAGCUUCAGGAGGGACAGGAGAAACUACACCAGAUGUGGCUGGACUGGAGUAGGAAGUAUCUCAAAGAGAGUGGAGGUGAAAGCUCUGCGGAGCCAGAGGAGCUGGAGAGUCUGACCCUGCUGAUGGCACGCAGGGUCACGCAGCAGCUGCACCUCACCUGCUGUGGGGUGGUGGCAGCCGUGCAGGGCCUUCCCUGCAGCCUGCAGGACAAGCUGAAAUGGGCUCCUGCUGCCACCAAGGAGCUGCAUGCUGCCUUCUCGCUGGCAAACUCCUUCCAGGAUCUGUCCAGCGGUGUUUUGACCCAGAGCCAGAGGGAGCUGGCUGUGAUCCAGGAGUACAUGGAGGAGCUGCUGCAUUACCUGAAGAACAACACUCCUCUGUCCUGGCUGGUGGGACCCUUCUCCCCCAGAGAGGAGGAGGAGGAUCAAUCCUCCCAGGAGGAAGAGGCAGCAGGAGCUGGGCAUCCGGAAACCUCCAGCACCCCCAUGUGA